UGUCAAAUCGCCAAGAUGAGAGGACUAACCGUCCUCCCGCUCGCGAUUGGCCUGCUUCUCAGCCUCCUGCUGGUGGUCAAUCAGAUUCACGCUAAGGCGGCCUCGUCCCGUUUAGAAGAUGAAUUUGAGACCGCCAGAGACGCCCUCCAACCCUUCAAGAACAACAAAAACGACGACGAUGCCAAUUUGCCGCUGAAGCAAGACGCCCUCGGAAGCCAUCUUCGGUCUCUGGAAUCGAACCGCCGAGUGGUUCGAGCCGUAACCCAAGAGGAGAAAGGUGGUGGCAGUGGCGACGGGAAAAAGCCGGGCAAAAAGGAGAGGAAGGAGGGCGGAAGGAAGGGUCCCGAACGCAGUGAGAAGAAGGAUCCGGCCAAGAAGAGGGAUGGGGCUAAGGGCAAAGGCGAGGGUCCGAAGACGAAGCCAAAGAAUAGCGGAGACAAGGGGCCAAAGAAAGGAGCCAAAGUGAAGUCCGAGAAGAAGCGGGUACAUAAGAAGCAGGACAAGAAAGGAGUGAAACCAGAGGGAAAGAAGAACGGAACGAACCGAGGAGGAGAAAAGGGGACACGAAAGAAGGGGGAAAGAAAGGGUGCCAAACAGGAUAAGGGUAAGAAGGAGGAGAAGAGCCAAGGAAGAGGAGAUAAAAAUCCGAAAAAGAGUAACAAAACGGGGAAUGGCCGUCCGAAGGAAAGAGACGGUCCAAAAGGCAGAGGAGGAAAGAAAGGCGACAAGAGGAAAGGGGAGAAGGGUGGUAACGGCAGUAAGGUGGUCAAAGUACCGAAGAAGAAAUCUCACAAGAACAAGCCAUCCAGCGAUCGAAACCUAUCAGAACCCAAGGGAGACUCAGCAGACAAGAAGAAGAACAAUGGAGCCAAAGGCGCCAAGGAACGAAAGGGUAACGCCAAGGACAAGGUAGACCAGACAAACAAGGAAAACCCCAAGAAGAAGGAGAAGCCCAAGAGGAAGCCCAAGCAGAAGUGUCAAGCCAAGAAGAAGUGCACGAAGGCCAAGGGGAAGUGUAGGAAGCUUAAGUGGACAGAGAAGAAGCCCGAGCGAUGCGUCAACAGGAUCGAGAACGCUUGCAAGAACAAGCCCAGGGCCCAGUGCGUCUGCUGUCUCUCGGGAAAAUGCAAGAAAUACGCUAAGGACAAGUGCCUAAAGUUGGGAGGGAAAGGAAAAAACCUCUCCAAAUGCAAGAAGGACAAGAAAGACAGCCUAGCCUACGGCAGCGAUUGCACGUGUUGCUUCCCGUGCAAGACGAAGAAGUCGUGCAAGAAGAAUGGGGGAGAGUGUGGCAAAGAGUGCAAGAAUGGGGUCGUGAAUGGUGGAAAGUGCGGUGGCAAGGGCUGUUUGUGUUGCAAGAAAAAGGAUAUCGUAACUGAAGUGCCUGGCAACACGGAAUCACCAGUACCUGGAAGUGAAGGUGGCGGAAAUGGAGGUGGAGUUACUAGUGGUGAUGGUGGAACUACUAGCGGAGGAGGUGGAGGUAAUGGCGGAGGAGGUGGCGGUAAUGGCGGAGGAGGUGGCGGUAAUGGCGGAGGAGGUGGCGGUAAUGGCGGAGGAGGUAAUGGCGGAGGGGCUGGAAGUACUGGUGGAGAAACUGGGGUUACUGGCGGAGGCCCUGCAGAUAAUGGCGGAGGAGCUGGGGGUACUGGCGGAGGUACUGGAGUUACUGGCGGAGGGGCUGGAGGUACUGGCGGUACUGGCGGAGGAGCUGGAGGAACUGGCGGAGGAGCUGGAGGUACUGGCGGAGGAGCUGGAGGUACUGGAGGAGGAGCUGGAGGUACUGGCGGAGGAGCUGGAGUUACUGGCGGAGGAGCUGGAGGUAGUGGAGGCGGUGCUGGAAGUAACACUUCAGGAGGGGGAACAGAUUCACCAGUCGUACCAACACCCAAACCACCAGUUGUGCCAACAGAAAAACCACCAGUUGUGCCAACAGAAAAACCACCAGUUGUGCCAACAGACAAACCACCAGUUGUGCCAACAGAAAAACCACCUGUGGACUCAACGGUAGCGCCAUCAGCUGGUCCUGGAAGCCCAACAACAAAGACCCCCGGACCCUCCUCUGCUCCAACGUCAGGACCAGGUCCUCAGCAGCCACCAACUACACCAGCAGGUGGGUCAAAUGCACCAGCUCCGUCAGGACCUCCAGGUCCCUCUGGAAAUCCAGCAGGUGAAUCUACACCCCAGGGAAAUAACCCCCCAGUCGGUCCCACACCACCAGGUGGACCUACACCCCCUGGAGGUGCUACACCACCAGGUGGACCUACACCCCCCGUCGGUCCCACACCACCAGGUGGACCCACACCUCCUGGAGGUGCUACACCACCAGGUGGACCUACACCCCCUGGAGGUGCUACACAACCAGGUGGACCUACACCCCCUGGAGGUGCUACACCACCAGGUGGACCUACACCCCCUGGAGGUGUUACACCACCAGGUGGACCUACUCCCCCUGGAGGUGCUACACCACCAGGUGGACCUACACCCCCUGGAGGUGCUACACCACCAGGUGGACCUACACCCCCUGGAGGUGCUACACCACCAGGUGGACCUACACCCCCUGGAGGUGCUACACCACCUGGAGGUGCUACGCCACCUGGAGGUGCUACGCCACCGGGAGGUUCCACACCGCAAGGAGGAUCUACACCCCCAGGAGGUUCUACACAGCCAGGAGGAUCUUCACAAGCAGGUGGGUCAACCUCAGUUGAAGGAACACCAUCUUCAGUGAAAUCUACAUUACCAGGAAGUUCUGCAUCCGUAGGUGGCUCUACUGAGGGUCCCACUGUAGGGUCUUCACCUUCAUCAGGGGGCUCUACUCUUUCUGUCGGUUCAUCGGCACAAACGACCUCAAAAGCAUCAGAAAGUGGCUCAUCCACAUCAGGUGCCUCAACGCCAUCAGGAGCUUCUACAACUUCAGGCAGCUCAACGCCUUCAGGGGGAUCAACAGGAGCUAGUGCUUCCACAACGGCGGGAGGAUCAACACCUCCAGGAGGAUCUACAUCUUCCAUGGGAGCCACAUCUCCAACAUCAGGAGGAUCUACAGGACCUACAUCCUCCGGAGGCUCUCUAUCUUCAGGAGGAUCAACCUCUCCUGGCGGUUCUACAUCCCCAGACUCAAGUCUGUCCACAGGUAUAUCCUCUACAGAAGGAUCUACCUCCCAAGGAGGAUCCUCUACUGAAGUAUCUACUUCCUCAGGAGGAUCUUCUACAGGAGGAUCUAAUUCCUCAGGAGGAUCCUCAACAGAUGGCUCAACUUCCUUAGGAGGAUCUUCUACAGAAGGUUCUAGUUCCUCUGGAGUAUCUUCAACAGGAGGUUCUAGUUCCUCUGGAGGAUCUUCAACAGGAGGUUCUAGUUCCUCUGGAGGAUCUUCGACUGGAGGCUCUAGUUCCUCUGGAGGAUCUUCAACAGAAGGUUCUAGUUCCUCUGGAGGGUCUUCAACAGGAGGUUCUAGUUCCUCUGGAGGAUCUUCAACAGGAGGUUCUAGUUCCUCAGGAGGAUCAGCUUCUUCAGUAGGCCCCACUACCCCUGGAGAAACAACCACAGCAGGUACACCUCCAGCGAACACAACGGGCGCCGGGAAUGUCUUGAAAUCUUUGCAAGAACUUGCGGAUAGUCUGAAGGAUCUCACGCAGGCUGGUCAACAACAAGCGAGGAAGAAGAGGUCCUUGGAAGCCGACGGACUCCUUAGAGACAAGAGACAAGCCGGAACUACAACAACAACAGUCAUAUCCAUUACAGUGAUCAUCCAGAUACAAGUCCAAGUGAACUCAUAUUUCGUCAGGAGGUACACUCUCACCAUAUCUGAGAUCUCGUCGAUCAAUUCGAAAACGAGCGAGGUCAAAGCCUUGACUGCACAGGUGAAAUCAGGGGCCAAGUCCAUCGAUUCCAAGGGCAUAACGAUCCUCAAGUCCACGACCAAAGCCACCCUCAAGUUGUUUGGCGACCUCGUUACAGAGGCCAAGAGCGAGGAGAAAGUUGCAGCUCUGGAACAGAAAAAGACCGUCUCUACCCAGGUUGCGUCUACAGUGUCGUCUAUGUCGGAGUCGAUGACUACACUUGUAAGUGCCUUAAGCACUGCCGGCACAGGUGGUGGCAGCAGCAGCGCAGGAGUAAUGAAAGUCAUCACUGAAAUUACGUCUAAGAUGGAGACUAUACAGAAAUCAACUGUCAGCGCAAUGACGGAAAAAAUGUCUGCAACUCUAGUACAACUCCUUGAGCAGCUCAAGCAAGCUGUCUCAGAUGUCCAGUCAGGCACUGUAACCAUUAGUGCUCAAGAAGCUGAGCAAAUAAAGAGUGCUGCUGCAACAGUCAAGUCUACCAGUGAGAUAACUGCAUCGAUUACUGCAAAAAUAGAAUCAUCAACUAAAUCAAAUGAACAGGCUACAACAAUCCUCGCUUUGGAGCAAUCAAUGACUACAGUUAAAUCAAGCAUUCAAAGUAUAGAAGCUGCUCUUGCAAAACAAUCUCAGUCUACAGCACAACCUACGCAAAUGGAAAUUAAGGCAGAACUAAUAAGCACAAUGAAUACCAUUUCCGCUUCCAUUGAAUCCGUUACUGAAACCCAGGUUGGAUCUUUGUCAGCAUUUGCUGAGGAGGCGGAUAAAAUAAUAGAGGCAUUGAAACAAGGGCCAGUUGAAAUCGCAGGCUUUGAGGCAUUAAAGGCUGCAAGUCAGAAACUGAGUACUCAAGUCACUAUGACAAAGGAAGAACUUGCUGCUGAAGCUGCAAUUUCUGAAAAAGUAGAUAUCGUCACGACAGCCGAAUAUCUCAUCUCAGAAAUUAUUUCUGUUACAGAAGAAAUCCAGGCAAAAACGCAACAGAGCCAGACUUCAGAAACCAAAGAAGAGGUGACGGCUGUUACGGCUUUCCUUGCCUCAUUAACGACAACUGGUUUCACGGAAACCACUGUUCAAACCCUUGAGACUCACUUAUCUACCAUGGAAACAAUUAGCGAGCAGAGUACGGCCGCCACCGGUAUACAAGGUCUUGAUAAACUCCUAGAGGAGGGUAAAAAACAACAGGAUGCAGCGACCCAAGAGAUGAAGUCCUACGCUGAAAAAGAGGCUCAGCUUCAGCAAGUGAAAGAUGCUGGAGAAACGACAAAAUUGAUGAUGGAUGUAGAUACAGCUGUUAAAGAACUUAGCUCAAAAGUUAAGGCCUCAUCUUCAACAGACAAGUCGGACGCUAUUGAUACAUUAGUUUCUACUUUACAGAGCCAAAUGAAAGUAGUGGUAUCUAAGACAGAGGAGCUUACUGCGGAGAAAAUAACAGAAAUCAAGAGUACACUUACUUCAUUUACUAAAGCAGUAGAGGCUUUGAGUGAUGUGAAAUCAGUCAGUCAACUAAAGGAACUUAUUAUGGUAACAGAGAAGGCUGUAGAAAAAACAAAAGCUGAUGAGGCUUUAUUAAAGACAGCGUCCGAGAGUGAACAAAAACUCGAAGUUAUGGACUUCAUGCUAACACUUUUAGAAGAUAUAGAAACAUUUACUAAAGAUUUGUCACAGAAAACCACAAGUACCACUAAGUAUGAGGAUGUAACAGUGACAGAAAUGAUCAGUGAGAUGUCAUCAAUAUCAGCAUCUUCUUUAACAAUGAGCCAGUAUGAUUCUCUGAGUGGAAAGUUUGAGAAUAUGAAGUUACUCACAGCUGAGGAUGCAGUAGAUGGUCUAGAUACCAUGCUGAGUGAGAUCACGAAAGUGAAACAAGAUAUAAGUGAGGAAAUUACAAAAGAAGAAGAUGCAGCUGAGACUAACAAAGCUGCAGUUUUCCUUGAAGAAAGUACAACACUUUUGUCAGUUGUAGAAACAUUACUCUUUGAGCUGAAUGAUAUCACAUCUGCAUCUUCUGACAAUAGUGCUGCUGCAGCGUCACCUGAGAUUGAAGAUAUCAUAACAUCCUCAUCCACUAUUAUGGAGAAGAAAACAUCCAUUACAAAAGAAGACGUGGAGCAGUUUAGUUCAAAGGUAACUGCUCUGGAAGAAGUUGUGAAAAAAUAUAAAGAUGGUACAGAAACAAAGAAAUUGUCUAAUUUGGAAGAGGGUCUCUCAGAAGUAAGCUUUGCGAUGGCAGUGGUUGAGAAAGAAAUUAAGAAAGCUGAGAAGUCUGAAAGCGCAGUCACCCUCUUACAAUCAAUUGUAACACAAGUUACAGAAAUUAAAAGCUUGUUUGAAGAAAUCACAAUUUCUACAACAACACAGGAACAAGUAACAGAAGAAACUGUAAUUGUAAUCGAUGACAUUGUUAAAUUCUUUGAAAAGAUUCAAGAUGAAAAUUAUGUUGCUACUGGGGAAGAUGUUUUGGCUAUAGAAAGCCUCAAAUCAGAUUUAGAAGUGCAGGUUAAUUCAUUUACAGGCUCUGAGAAGUACACAGGAGCCGAAUAUACCCUUGAAGAGGCAAAGAAACAAGCAGAUUCUGCGAGUGUAGCUGUAAAUGCAACUCUUCAAGAGGCCGAAAAAUUAGAAAAAUCUUCUUCUGAAAAGGAUAAAUUCAGUGAUAUAUCGCUGUACACCGAGGAGAUAGUAAUUAUUUUGAUAAAGAUUACGUCUUUCACAGAAACUGAUACAACUAGUGACGCAACAUUUACAAGUGCAAAGACCACCUUAGAGACUUUGUCCAAAGAUAUUUCAUCAGUUACAUCUACCAGUGAAUUAGAAAAGAUUCUUAAGGACCUGAAAGCGGUUGAAAAAACCAAAAAGACUUCAGCUGAAGCUGAAAAGACUCUCACAGCUGCUAAAGAAGCUGAUGACGUUGUUAUGGAAGAGAUUAAAAAGCUUGAUGAAAAGAUAACUGCUCAGGAGGUUACCAAAAAAGUGGGAAAAGCUUUAUCAAUUGUGACUUCUUUCACAGACGAAAUGGAGGUCGCUACGAAAAAUCUUCAAACUUCACAGCUUAUUGGAGAAGAUGAUGCUGAUUUUGAUGAGUUUACAAAAUAUCUGGAAACAAUGUCAGAGAACGUAGAUUCUCUUUCAGAAGACGAUAUCACUCGCAUGGGAGAACUCUUCUUUACAUUAAUACAAAAGGUAUAUGACCUGGAGCCAGGUAAAGGUAUUGGUAACUUACUCAAAGCACAGAAAACUGCGCAAGAUGCCAAGGACUCUGCUGAAAUGCGCCUUGAAGGGCUAAAAGACAGCGGUUCUUUCGAAGCGGAUAUGGAGAGCUUAACCGCACUUGAAUCAAUUAUAGUAGACAUAGAAAAGCAGGUGACUACAAUGGUAACAACAAUUGAAGGAGCUGAUGUGACAGGUGAAGCUACUGGAGAUUUAACCGAAGUUUUAGCAAAAAUGGAAAAAAUAUUUUCUUCUGAAGCAACAAUGGAGGAACUCCAGACAGUAUUAACAACUCUCAAAGAGACCCAAGUUAGCCAGGGAAAAGAAAUAACUGGCAUCUACAAGCUCAGAGAUGUUGCUGAAAAGUCAGUGAAAGAGAUCAAAUCUCAGAAGGAUUCUCUUACCUCUGUUUCCACAUCUCGGGAAAGAAUUAAUGUUCUCUCUUCAUUGACUACAAAGCUCUUGGAUGUUACCAAAGAAUUAUCAGCAAUAGAAGAACAUUUUUCUUCAACACAGUCCAGUGGGGAUACAACAUCAGAUCCUAGUCAAGAUAAGCCCAAAACAAUAAUUGUUUUUAAGGAUCUUGAAUCAGUUCUAGAAGAAGCAUCUGAUACUGAAAAUGUUGGCUCUAGCGUUCUAGAUGAACUAGACAACAUAUUGAAGGAGUUUUAUUAUGUUUAUGAUGAAGCUAAAGUAGACCUUACUGCUAUCAAAUCCCUUAUUGCUAAAACCCAGACUGUUAAGGAAACUUCAGAUAUUAGCUUGAAAGAAUUUACAGUAUUGUCAGAGAAGAAGGCAACAGAGAGUACAUUAAAAGAAGCAAAAACUACUUUGGUGAAAGUCGAGGAGGUCCUAACUAAGAUUACAGGAGACAUUGGAACUCCUACAGGCACUCCUAAAGAAAACGAAGAUAUAACUAUGUUAGAUUCGAUUUUCAAGGAAAUCUCUAAUAAUGGAGAAGUUACAAAGACAACUGUGAAAGCAAUACAGAAAAUACUUACGAAGAUUGAAACAAUUGAAGUUACUCAAGGUCAAGAUUUUGCAGGUCUAAAAUCAACAAUGGAUGGUGUAAAAACUGCAACAGAUAUUGUUGCAAAAGACUUAAUGUCUAUAGCAUCAUCACUUGAACAAGCUUCAACAGCUGCAAUCUUCAAAGAAACUUCCACUGUCAUGACAAUGAUCACAAGCACUAUUGACAUGCUGCAAGAAGAUAUUGGUUUGUCUUUGGGUGAAGAAACAGAGGAUGCUAAUAUAAAAAAGUUAACAGAAAUAUUACAAGAAUUUUCAACAACAUCAGUUACAAAAGAACAGCUUACCGAAAUACAGGAUGUCCUUUCAAGUGUACAGUCAACUAAAACUGAAAAGGGCAAAGGUAUCAAGGGACUUCAGAAACUGAAAUCAUUAUCUGUUAGUAAAGCUGAAGAAGUGAAAGAAAGUAGUGGAACUCUAACUCAAGGAAGUAGUACAGAGGAAAAAAUUACAAUUUAUGCAGAUCUUCAGUCUGCUAUUGCAUCAAUAAAAAGUGCUAUGGAGGACGUUCUGGAAGCCACCUCUGAGGCAGAAGAAUUCCCUAUGUUCAAGGAACUUCUAUUAAGUAUUUCCGGAGACGUAACUACAAUGACAAAAGAAACUCUUAAGAAGGUUCAAGAAUUUUCAUUUACUUUAUCCAAGCUCUCUUCAGGAAUUAAGGUUGCAAAAUCCACUAGAGAACAAAUAACCACAUCAAUCGCUACCGUAGAAAAAACCACAUCAAAAGAGAUUUACAAACUAGAAAAGAGUGCAGCAAAAUCAAGUAAAACUUCUACACUAAUGAAAGCAACACCAUUGUUUGAGAAAGUGCAGAAAACGGUCAAAGACAUAACAACCUCAGUACAAGGCACAGAUUACAGCAAAGACUUUGAUAUCAGUGAAAUCAUCACUCUUAUGUCCACAUUUGAAUCUAAUCCUGCCGGCAUAUCAGAAGAAUCUCUCAAGUCUUUUGAAGAGAAAACUGCUCAAUUAUCAACAAUAUUAGCAAGAAAACAGUCAGUCAGAGGAAUGGACUCACUUCUCUCUAUAACUGAAAAAGUACUUCAAAAGACCUCUACUGAAAUCAUGGUUAUGAAAGAAGAAAGUGCCAGGGAAGAACAGAUGGGUGUUCGAAAGCAAGCUGAAGAAGCAGUUGCCAGUUCUACAGAUAUAUUCCAGAUGAUUUCAGGGAAAGUUGGGGAUGUGAAAGAUUCUACUAAAAAUACGACAGUUUAUGAAUUGGAGGAGGUAGUUAAGAUUCUUGGCAAGUUUGACGAUGGUACAGCUACUGCCCUGGAUGUAGAACAGUAUACCUCAUAUAUGAGUAUCUUACAAACAACAGAAUUUGCUGCAGGAGUCACAGUAGUAGGUCUAGAUAUUGCCCUUGAAUCCAGCAAAUAUCUUGUGGAGAAAUUAUCUCAAGCUGUGCUGGAAGAUGAAUUUUAUAGUGAAUAUUCAACAACUACUACUGCUAAGAAAGAGGUCCUGUCACUUGUCACAGAAGCAAAAACCUCUCUCGAUGCACUUAAAAUGAAACAGGGUAAAGGAACACAACCUUUCACUGGUGAUGCAUCUGUGAUUGAAAAUUUAGUUAUGAAAAUUGCCAAAGCAACAGAAGAAACGUCUGGUGCCUUUAUUCGUUCUCUUACUGAGGAUGUGCAAAUGUUAAAGAUGUUAAGUGAAAAUGUUACUGAAGGCAUGGUUGUAAAAGGAGUUGAUUCUUUAGUGAUGAAAGUAAAAUCAGCUGAAUCUUCUCUUUCGUCAAGUAUUUCAGAAUCAUUAAGAAUUAAAGAAUCUUCUGGUGUAGUAUCUGUUUUGGAAGAAAUCGAUCUCAAACUAAUGGAAAUGCAAGAUAUAUUCAAACGGAUUGACAAGAAAACAAGUUCUCAAGAAACCUCUGGAACACUGGAUGCAUCUGUCAUGAAAGAUAUUAAAGUAUUCAUGGAAGAUACCAAGACUGAGUAUACCAAAGAAGAUAUUGUUCUUAUUGAAGGAUACGUUGAAAGCAUGAAAAUGGUUGAAGAAAUAGUUAAAACUGAGACUAUUGUAGGUUAUGAUGAUAUCAAAACUCUAGUAGCGGAAAAGUCCAAGUCUGUGUCUAAGGAGCUGACCGUAGCUCAGCAAACACAGAGGCAAGAGCAGCAAGCAGUACUUGCAAGUAACACCAGAAAAGCUAUUGAUAGUUCAUAUUCUACUUUUGCAAGUUUCUCAGAAACUUCAGGUGGCAGUGACCUUGAAGAAAUUAAGGAGGUGACAGACCUUAGCAUGUUGCUGCAGACAGUUGAUUUUUCAACUCUAUCUAUUACUGAAAUUUCCAAAAUAAGUGAAUCCAUCACUCUUGCUCAGGCGGCCAUAGAGAAAUCAGGGAGCAAAUCCGUGGCAUAUGGAUCAGUUGUUGCUGAUCAAAUGGCCCAGUUUAGUUAUGGGGCAUCACAACUUAUUGAGAAGAAAAAGGAAGUAGAAAGCUCGAAAAAAUCUUCUGAUGUAUUGACAAAAUCAAAAGAAUCGAUGGAUUCCUUAUCUUCUAGUAUAAAAAAGAUCAUGGAAGGGAUACCUGCUGAAUCAGCGGAUGCUGAAGAAAAUUCAGUUGUGAGUGAUGCUUACAAUUUCCUCAUGUCUUAUGCCUAUGAUUCUAGUGUGCUUGACGACCAGUUUAGCGUGAAAAUACAAGACUUUGAUUUCUCGUCCAUCCAGCCAACUGCAGGGAAGGGAAUCAAAUAUCUCUCGCAAGUUUCCAGCCUCAUACAAAAGUUCAGCCAAUUAGAGCAGCAAUCAGCUGAAACAGUUAAAAUUGCUGAAACCACUGGAGUGAUAGAGAAUGUUAAAAGUUCAACUUCCACUUUCACAAGAAAUCUAGAAACAUUCCUUAAUGAAAUGGAGGGUGAGGGUGGAGAUUCGGCUGGUGCCACCACUUCAGAGCCUACAGGAGAUUCCCAGGGUUCCGGUGCUGAUACUGGAACGGGAGGUUCGUCACAGGAGGAUCCUGUCACACUAUUCAAUUCAAUAAUGGAAAUGACUAGCUCAUCAUCAUUUGAUAUGGGAGAAUUUGAUGGGGAAUUUAGCACAAAAUUCGCACAGUUAAUUCAAAAGUUUACUCAAAGUGACUUCAAACAGAAGCUGAAAUCUGUUGAUAAGACUAUAGUUAAGGACUUGAUAUAUAAAACAUCAAGUGCUGCAGAAAAAAUGUCAAAGUCUAUCCAGAGAAUGGAUUCAGUCAUUUCAGCCCAAAAAUCAUUUAGUGUUACUCAAGAAGCAAGUACUCUGAUGACGUCCUUGGAAGAGAGCAUAAAAACUCUAACUGAAACAGGCAAAGGGUCAGCAGAUUCCACUAGUAUUAUAUCAUCAUUAGAAGAAUUCUUUGGGACCUACAAAAGUGCUGCGUCUUUCACCUCUGAUAGUAUAUCCACUCUUCGCUCAUUAACUUAUGAUCUAAAGGAAGCUCUGAAGGGAGAGGAGACAGUAAAUGUGGCUACACUCAAAGAAUCAGUAAGCAAAGUAAGUAGUGAUAUCAAACAAUCUGAAACUAUACAGUCCUCCUUCAUAUCAAGUAGCAAGAGUUUGGAAAGUAUGUCUAUGUCUCAGAGUUCUAGCAGUUCUAGCGUGUCUGGUACAUCAUUCGGUAGUCAAAUGAAGGUGGCAAAGGAUGCAAUGAAGCAAGAGAUUCUCCGCACAUCUCAACAGUAUUAUUCCAUGCAGUCAAGCAGUGCUCUGUUUGCAGAUGCAAAAGAAGCACUUGAAUCCAUAAAGACAUUGGCAUCAGGUCCUGCUGCUGGUGGCGAUUCUGGGCAGGGCACAGGAAGUACAGGUGAUUCUUCAACUGCUACAGAUGAUGAUUUAGGUGAAUAUGAUCCCAAGAUAUCUGAUGGCAAAGAGGUGGAAUCAAUUAUUACAAGUUUGUCAACCAUGUUAAAAGCUUCAGAAUCUAAAGCAGAGGAGAUCAGCUUUGGUUUCCUGACUUCAUUUGCUUCAUAUGUAAGCCGUAUGAAAAUGCUUUCACAGGGCAAAGGAAUUCAACUUGACACCAAACAGAUUGAUGCUGCGUUAGAAUCUAUUGGAAAGACGGAACAAAUGUUCAGUGAAACGGUAACAUCACUUAGUGAAUAUGCUAAAGCCAGUCAGAGUGUACUAACAUACCAAGAAACAGCGAAAGUUGUUGAUGAAGUUGGCACCUUCUUCAAGAAUAUAAGUGAGAAGUUAGGAAGUCAGUCUGAUGGAAGCGUGGUUAGUGAAAAUACCAAGAAAUACAUGCAAUAUAUUACUACAAUCACUGAAUUCCUCAUAGGCUCAAGCACCCAAACUAUUCAGAUUGAUGAAACCUCCCUAAGUCAGUUUAAAUCUGCUUUCAUGGAACUAAGUGAUUUUAAGCUUGGAGACAAAGAAUAUGUACCUGACUUCUACAUAUGGAAGCAUUUCUUGGUGGACUCUAAGGUCCCAGUUACUCAAGUCUUACAAAAGUCAACAGAUGAAGGGGCUCUGGCACGAGUUCAAACACAAGAAUAUCUAUACAACAGUGGAAAGGCAAAGACAGCCUUGGAGAAAUUUACAACAAGUAUUGCAGACAUCAAAGGCGCCCUAACUGGAAGUUCUAAAUCAAACUCUACAAGCAGAUUAGAAAAAAUUGUGGGUGAUUCAUUAAUGAUAGUUGACGAAAUGGCAAUGGGUAUGCUAAGCACAUCUCAAAUUGCGAAGAUGGAAGGGUAUGCAACAGAACUUUCACAACUUAAAGUUCUUCUUAAAGACUCAUCAAGUAUAGACCAAAUUGAUAUGCUCAGCAAAAGUUUGUCCGAUGCUCAAAAGAGUGUAGCCACUGCAAAGGCAAUGUCAGAGUCUUGGAUGGUGGUUGACAAGGAGAAUGAAAUGGCAGAUAAAAUCUUAUACUUCUCAUCCCAAAUGUCUGAUUUCAUCCAGACGGCUUCUUCUGGUGACUCAAGCUCUGCAAGUGAAGAAACAGUACCUGAGGUUGAGGAUAUGCUGAAGGCAGUUGGAAAUAUUUCAGCUUCUGACAUUGAACCUGAUUCAUUCUUUAAACAAAUCAAUUCUUCAUCAUUUAUUAUGGCAGUACAGAAAAAAUCAGGCAAACCAAUUAAAGGAUAUAAAAAGCUCUCUGGUAUUUUCCAAGAUUUAGCCAAGGAAUCCCAAGCCAUGCGUCAAGUCAGCACGUUUAAGGAAGCUGAGGCUACUGCAGGUCACAUGAUGAGUGCUAUUCCUUCUAUGAAAGUCACAGAUACCUCUUCCUCUCUCAAAACUGUUCCAGAAAUAACAACACUCAGCAUGCAACUAAGUCAACUAAAACAAAAUGUUUACAAAAUCGCCACAAAUGAAAUUAGAGAAUUGUCUAAGCAAGAAAGUAUGAUCAGCUAUGCUGUCAGUCAGUUUGGUAGUGAAAUAGCAUAUCUUGGAAAUAUGAAACAAAGUUUAGCAUUGUUUAAGUAUACUUCCCAGAAAAACCAAGGCUAUACUAUGAAUGCAUUCAUGAGUGAAAAAGCCAGUCGGAUACUGGGUGAGUCUGCUGAAAUCAUAGAAUCUACAGGAUCAUAUUUAGAUCAACUCUCUAUGGAUACAAUGACAGCAUCAUCUUAUACAGAAGUUGAGGGUAUCAAAAAGGCAUUUGAAUACAUGUCAUCUUUCGCCUCUAGCGUAGAGUCAAUUCCAAGUGAUCUCUCUGAAAAACUUGCUGAAUUUAAAUUAAAUGAAACAAAAGCUGAAAGUGGAAAGGGCAUUAAAUACUUGAAAGAGGUUUCUUCCAUGAUGAGUCAAUUGAAAGAGUCAAGCAUGCAGUCAGAAAUGCUUUCAAAGUAUUACAAAGACAUGGUAUCUACAAUCAGAGCAAGUGGAUCAGUAAGUUCUAUUGUUACCAUUCUCCAAAGUUUCAUGAGUCAGAAGGACAGUAUAGCUUCUGAUGGUUCCCAGUCCAGUGGUUCCCCAUCAGGCGAAUCUACCCCAGCAGCAACCGAAGGUUCAACUGAUAAGCCAAGUCAAGAUGGGGAAGCAAUGUCUGGAAAGGAAUUAGUUGAUGGCAUUAUGGUGAUUCUUGAGGGCAUGGGAACCAAUGGAACUACUCUAGCAGAAGAAGAUCUUAUGAAAUUAGAGAAAUAUACAGACACUUUGCAAACUACGAGUGUGGAAGAAGGAUCUCAGAUAGAAGACCUUUCUGGAUUCAUAAGUAAGUUCUCCUCCAAAUCAGGAGAGUUGCGUUUAGCCUCCCAAGCGAAAGAGUCAUCAGCUCAAGUCACAGAGUCAUACAGCAUGUUCAAAAGCAUUACUUUUAUGGAUUAUCUCAUAACAUCAGCGCUGGACAAAAUGGAAAAAGAUGGUGGCCCUUCUGCUGCUACAGCAAUAAUAGAUAACAUUAAGGAAUGUUAUACUAACUUUACCAAGGGAUAUAAUCAUUUGAAAAAAGAGACAGUCCAAGAAUGCAUGAAAUAUGCAUAUGAACUCAGUUCAAGCAGUACAGAGGGUGGUAGCACUGUUGAUGCUAGUGACCUGAAAACAUUAAUGGAAAGCAGUACAAUGGAAUUAAAUGAGUACAAUGGCUUUUUGUCUUCCCAAGCCCAUCAUUAUGAACUACUUUCUAAGGGUAUGGAAAGUGGUGAUUAUGAUAAGGAAGUGGCUUUCUGGAUGCAGUCCCUCGGUCGAAGCUCAGAAAUUGCUUAUGUCCUUCAUGAAUUGGAUUAUGCAUUUGCAGAUUUAUCAGCUAACCUUACUAGUUUGGAGAGCAUCUCUGGUGACGGACCAGAAAAUGAUACAUUACUAAUAGACAUUCAAACACUGCUGCUCACAACAGAUGAUGUUUCUAAUAUUCAUGUAGGGAUGCUCAGUAUGUUUGGAGAAAUGAUUGAAGAUAUAGAUGGGAGAGUUAAGAGUAGUAGUGCUGUUAAUGCAACUGAACUCGCUUCUGUCAAACAAAUGGUACAAAGUACACAGGAUAGUUUGCGUAACAUGAGUGAAAUCCUGAAGAAUUAUGGUUACGCAAGCACGAGAGUUCUUGUUACCAAAGAUGCAGCUGACUAUCUAGAAUAUAUAAGUAAUGAGACAAUGAGGAUGAUUGAAAUGUCUGAAGGUGGAAGCAAUGGAACAGGAUCUAACUCCACUUCUGAUUCGGGUGCUACUAAUAGUAGUACCGAUAUGGUAUUUAACGAAGCUUCUGAUACUCUUAUGUACUGGACGUUUGACAAAGACUCAGUUGAUGUCAGAUCUGUAGCAGGUUUCAAAAACUCCAUGUUCAUGCUGCAAAGGACAUCCAUGUUCAGUGGAAGCAAAAUGGAAGGAAUUCACAUGUGGAAACACAGCCUCCAUGAAGCAAAUCGUACAGUGUCUGAGUUGAUUAGAGAUGUUUACUCUGAAGAAGCUUUGGCAAGAGCUAGCCUAGAGGAAGCAAUUCAUAGGUAUUCUAUGGCAUCUCAAGAGUUAGAGGACUUAAAAGCAGUCAUAGGAAAUCAAACAGAUAAGGAAGGAGGCAGCUCAGAACAAGCACCAACAACAACUGCACCAGCAUCAGGUGGUUCAAAUGGCACAAUGCAGUCUGCAAAGAGUGCAGUGGAAGCUCGAAUCCAAGAAAUUGAUAUGAGUUCUUCCAGCAUUGUUGCAGGCUGGGAAGAUGUUAAACAAAUUAAGGAUUAUGAGAUCUCAGAUCUUAGAGGUUAUCAGAAAGAAUUAUCUCAACUCUUACGAACUGAGGAUGCAAUGAAGAUGGAAGCUGGAGGCUUCAGUAAUUUAACAGAGCUAAUUGAUAAAGCCUCUAGUGCAACAAAUACUUCUUUGGAUGCCCUUGAUAAAUAUUCACAGGAGUUGUCUGCGCAAACAGCUCACAUGUCCCACAUGACAUUCUUUGAAGAAAUUAAAAGCUUAGCUGAAUUUGCUAAAGGGUGGCUUGCUAAUAAAACAAUGGAGGAUAAUUCUAAUAAUAGCACUGAAUCCUCAUCGAGCAACACCACUGAAGCUAGUAGCAGCUCUGGAUCAUCAGCUUCAUCAUCAACAUCCGCAUCGGCAACAACAGUAACUGGCUCCUCCACAACAUCAUCUGGGAAUUCCUCUUCAAAUGAAACAGACUACUGUAUUAAAAAUGAGAGCUUGUCUUGCAAAGCGUACAAGCUACUGACAGCAAUCAAAAACGCUAAUAGCUCAACAGCAAAUGACACCACCACAACUCCGGCCACAGCUACUACAGAAGCGGCCUCCAGCGGUGAUUCGAAUGACGAAAGUGACUACAUGGAUGGUCAAACCAGAGGUAGCUUCAUGUUCGAAGAGGUGAGGCGUAGUGUCUACGAUUUUGCAACAGCGAUGAGAAAUGUCAGCAACGACGACUUGAUGGAGAAAAAUAUGACAAUAGCCACGCUUGAGAAUAUUGUAAUGCUUUCGGACACGUUCAUCAGCGAUUUUAAACAGAUGGCUGAGUCGGUAACGUUUACCAAUGUCGAAGAGUACUAUGUUAUGCGUAAUGGCACCAAGUCCGAAGGGUCGUCAGGACCAUAACUCUUCUCUCUGGAAAUGUGUAUUUGACAAUGGUAGUUACGAAAUAUGUCAUUGUUGUUCCCUCUGUGUUAACUUUAAAAGUAACUUAUUUUUUUCAUUAUUUACAAAGAUAUUGUAAGUUUUUAAAACACUAAAUCCCCAUUCUGUAUAAAUAACAAUUUUACAUGAUUAUGAACUAAUUUCACUUACUCAAAUAUUUCAGUUUUAAUUAAAUUUGACAUGAUUUCUGAGGGAAAACUUUGAUGAAAGCACAUCCGAUUUUAUAUUUUUAUUUCCUUUAAAUGAUUGUAAUAGCACCUUUUAUGUUCGUAUUGUCAAUAUGCUUUGAUGUCAAUGUACUUUAGGAAUAAAAUGAUGCAUUAUA